AUACAGCACAUAGUCUUGUGAAAACAGAAAGGAAGCCGAAAAAGAAACAGAGAGGGAACAGAACACCUCACUACUCCACACUCCAGUCGCCUCUCCCAGUCCCAGCGCUUUCUUGGAUCGUGAGACAACCACGCAAGAAACUUGCAAUUGUAGGUAACGUUUCGAUCGACCGGUGUUUGAGCACGUUGACAAGGGUACAUGGUGUUGUCCAUGGAUCACGGCAGGGAAGAGAGACGAGCUGGGAAGCAGAAAUGGAUGCGCUCCUCCUUCUCUAUGAUUCUGUUCUCGCUGUAAGAGAGUUGGUACCCUCUGAAUUUGACUUGAACUCGGCAUGAAGCGGCCCCGUGGCGACAGCCCCUCUCUCCUUCCGAUGACCAAUCCCGAUGAUUGCUACGGCGGGGUUGGGAUGGAGGUGGAAGGGGACACGGAGGAGGAGAUGAUGCGCGGCGGCGGCGGGGAGAAGAAGCGGCGGCUGAGCCCGGAGCAGGUGCGCGCUCUUGAGCAGAGCUUCGAGGUGGAGAACAAGCUGGAGCCGGAGCGCAAGGCGCGGCUGGCGUGCGACCUUGGCCUGCAGCCACGCCAGGUCGCCGUCUGGUUCCAGAACCGCCGAGCGCGGUGGAAGACCAAGCAGCUCGAGAGCGACUACGCCGCGCUCCGCCACUCCUACGACGCGCUCCAACAAGACCACGACGUGCUCCGCCGCGACAAGGACGCCCUCCUCGAUGAGAUCAAGGAGCUGAAGGCGAAGCUCCGGGACGAGGAGGCAGCGGCGAGCUUCACGUCGGUGAAGGAGGAGCCGGCGGCCUCCGACGGGCAGCCGCCCGCGGGGGUGGGUUCAUCCGAGAGCGAUUCCAGCGCGGUGCUGAACGACGCGGACGCGGCCGGCGCCGCGCCCGCGACAGAGGCGCCGGCGCCGGAGGUACAGGGUACUCUUCUUGGCGCGCCCAGCGCCGGGGCCGGCGCAGCAGCGGCGCCGGCAGCGAGCCACCGUGGAGUGUUCUUCCACGGGAAUUUGCUCAAGGUGGAGGAGGAUGAGACGGGGUUCCUGGACGACGACGAGCCGUGCGGCGGGUUCUUCGCCGUCGAGCAGCCGCCGCCGAUGGCUUGGUGGACCGAGCCCACGGAGCACUGGAACUGAGGUGGAGCUUUGACCAUCUCCAAAAAUAUUCCGUUUAUUUCGUGUCCUUGCUCCUCUUUCUGUGCUUAUGUUUUUUAUUUUUCUAUUUUAAACAGCUUUCUUUUGAAGAGGUUUAUAAAAAUAAAGGAGAAAAUCCUAUGAUGGAGAAAUUUGAGAGAAUCUUUUCAUAAAAAGAAUUUUAAAGGAAAACUGUUGAAGCAUAAAGAAAUUGAGACUCACGAAGAGAUUGGAACCAGGAAAUGAAAUUUCUGAAGGAAAACGGUUGGAAAUGGUCACUUGUAUUUGGAUCGCGUAGUGGGGAAUAAAGAAAUUGGAAUCAGGAAAGGGGCUA